AUGACUGCCAAAAGACAAAGAACUUCCGAUGGGAGCGCUGCCAUUGCUGAGGAUGGCCACGGGAAUGCAGCUCUGAACGGCGCUCAUUACACAGCGGCUUCUGACAUCAACGAUGAUGAAGACAGAGUCAAGUUUGCUUACUGGGUUCCCAAUGUGUCCGGGGGUUUGGUAAUUUCCAAGAUCCCACAGAAGACCGGCUGGGACUACGAGUCCAAUGUGAGAUACGCUCGAACUGCAGAGAAUGUCGGUUUCGAAUACGCUCUCAGCCAGAUUCGCUUCAUGUCUGGUUACGGAGCUGAAAACCAACACGAGUCCGUCUCUUUCUCACAGGCUCUCCUUCAUGCAACCAAAAAGCUCAACGUGAUCGCCGCUCUCCUCCCAGGACCGUGGAACCCCGCCAUUGCAGCGAAGCAAAUCGCCAGCAUCGAUCACUACACCAAUGGGCGCAUCUCCGUGAACGUUGUUUCCGGCUGGUUCAAGGCCGAGUUUACCAGCAUCGGGCAGUGGUGGCUUGAGCACGCCGAGCGCUAUCGCCGCAGCAGAGAAUUCAUGGAGUGCCUGCGCGGGAUCUGGACGACGGAUAAGUUCACCUUCAAGGGAGAUUUCUACCAGUUCCACGAUUACCCGCUCUCGCCCAAACCUCUCUCCCUCCCAGGGCGACCUCAUCCUCUGAUCUUCCAGGGCGGAAAUUCGAUUGACGCCAGAGAAAACGGUGCGAAUGUCUGCGACUAUUACUUCAUGAACGGUAACACGCUUGAAGGCUUCCAGGAGCAAAUCGCCGACGUUAGAGAACGCGCCCGCAAGGUCGGCAGAGAAGGCGACGUCCGUUUCGCAGUCAACGGCUUUGCGAUCGUUAAAGAGACCGAGGCAGAAGCCAUCCAACUCCUCUCUGAGAUCCAGGGUAAAGCCGACAGAGAAGCCGUGGAGGCCUUUGGCGACGCGGUCAAACAAGCUGGAUCUUCCACAGGCAACAAGAAAGGUAUGUGGGCAGAUAGUAAGUUCGAGGACUUGGUGCAGUACAACGAUGGCUUCAAGACGAAACUUAUCGGGACGAAGGAGCAGGUCGCUGAUCGCAUCCUGCUGUUGAAGAGCUUGGGGGUUGAUAUUGUGCUGUUGGCGUUCUUGCAUUACGAUGAUGACAUUGAGGAUUUUGGGAAAGAGGUUCUACCGCUUGUUAGAAGGCUCGAAAAGGAGGGGCGGGGUAAGAACGUGGAGGAGGAGAUUGAGCGGACAGGAGAUGUCUAUCGGGCAAGAGAUAAGACCCAGAAGGCGUGA